AUGCAGGUCGACUUUGCAUUGACAGGUUCAUUCACUUUGGACACUGUUUUCGAGACGAUCAAAGAAACAAAUGGGAUCGAUGCUCUUCCACACCAGCAAGAUCAGCCAGAACUCUAUCUAGCACCUGCAUCGGAUCAAGUGGUUGUCAAGGAUGUCUUUGACGUCAACUUUCGGCUUAUGGACAUACUCGCUUUGGAGGACAUACCCCUUCAUCAUAUACUGGGACCGAGUUGGCAAUGUAUCAACUUGGGUGAAUCUGAAUGUCAAGGAUUGGAGACCAUUCUUCGUGUAAUUUGCAAGAACAAGGCAAUGCACGGGCUAUUGUUGGAAUGUCACCAAGAUAAGACUGAAUUACUGGAACAAGGUGUAGAAAACCCAUUUACUGGAGGCACACCUUAUCCUUUGCCAUCACCAUCCUAUCUCUUUUUAUAUCCUCAAUUGGACGCUGAUCAAAACGAGCAGUUUCUUGUCAAGUUGUGUCAUUGGCCCGGCUAUCAUAUCGAUUCAUUGAUUGUGCAAUGCAGCCAAUGGAGCUCUACUUUACCAAGUACCGAGGGAUUGAUGGAUGAAUGGGACCUGUUAUCAGCAUAUGAUGAAGACGUAUCAAAGAGAGAAAAGCAAUUCCAACGACCCGAAUUCUUUGCCAAACCACGACCCAAGUUGAUUGCCAAGAAACGGCAGACGAUUGAUCCGAGAGCAGCAGCAGCACUCAAAAAGAACCAAGAUACCAGUAAAACAAAAGCUACCACAUCCUCAAGCACUAGUCGAAAAGCAACGACACCCAAUCGAGCAGCCAAUAAGUAUACCGUCAAGAAGGCUACAGCAGAAUCAUGGGAAAGUGAAAACAAGAAUGCAAUGAAACGACGCGUAUGGGAUCGAGUGAUGAAACGAGGCUUUGACAAACGAUCUCAGCAAACGAGGUUAUUAUUUCAGCAGAUAUAUACCAGUGUCCAAUACGUCUUUCGUCGAACCAUCAAGGAUGAAGAAGUGGAUACAGCAACUAUGAUUCAAGCCAUUGAAGCUCAUCUUGACUUUUACGACCAAAUGAACCAGUUGACACAAGGGAAAUAA